ACUACGGAGCGACGCCACGCGGCCGACGCGCUACAUGCAGAGGUGCGCGGCGACGGGGCUCCCGAGAAACCUAAUAUUUUAGCCAUUGAUGAAACGAACACCUCGCGCCUCUCUCUCCUCUCUCCUCUUGCCCUCGCGACUGCUGCUUUUCGCCGCUUUUGCUCGCUGCGCCGCGCCCGGAAGGAGGAGGGGGAGAGGAAGCUGCUGCUUCUGCUGCGCUCCAGAAUUUACAAUUUAGCAGACACUAUGUUUGACGACGAUGAUGACGUGGAGCCGCCGGUUAGCGACGUGGACAACUACUAUUUUGAGAAAAGCGAAGACGAUCCUGUCUGCUUCAGUGUAUUGCCUAUAAAGUUUGAUGAGAACGAAGAAGUCAGACAUUGUGAUUACAAGGAAGUGAACUUGCGUGGAGUUACAGAUAAUAACCUCAAAGAAGUCUUCAAGAAGGUGGUAGCUUGGAGGGUGGAACUUGAUUGCCAGGAGCCAAAGAUCUCGGUACUUUCAAGUGAGGGGAAAUGGAUAGAACUGUUGAAACCACGGAAGAGCUAUUAUGAAAAGAGGGCUCGAUCAAUAUUGAUCACAGUGCAAAUGCUCCACUUUGUCAGGAAGUGGCCCAGAAAACAAGAGAGAAGCCUGUUUUGUCACCUUACUGAAGUUUUGGAAAAAUUUGGUACUAGACCUACUAGAGAUGACAUAAUUAAGAACCAUCGUUUCAUCAAACUUUUCAUGGAGAGGGAUCAAAUUUUAAUGAAGUCAAAGAUUAUAGGAUGGUUUAUUGAGGAUGCUUCCAGGAAGGACAUUAAGCCCAUACCAAGGAGAGAGAAUGCACAAGAGCAAUUUAUUGUCAGUGACGAGUCACUUGAAAGCAGUGAUAACAGUGAUGUCUGCAGCUACAGCAAUUAUGAUGACAGUGAUGACUACAGCGAUGGCAGAAACAGUGAUGAUAAUGAUGACAACAAUACUGAUAAAGAUACUGAUGCUGACACUGGUAUUAGUGGUAAUGCAGUUGAUGACGGUACAGAUAUGAUAUGUGCCAUAUGUGACGAUGGUGGAUGGUUGCUUGAUUGUGAAGGUCAAUGCAAGAGCUCCUUCCAUCCCACAGUGAAUCAUGGCAAGAAAUCCAACUGUAGAACUCUCCGUUUCACUUCUGCGGAGCUAAAGCUAAAGGAAAGUGGAACUUUCUUGUGCAAGAAUUGUGAACAUAAUGAACAUCAAUGUUUCAAAUGCGGAGAGCUUGAGCCAUCUUGUGGUCCAAAUGCCAAGGUGUUUCAAUGUAAUAAAGAAUCUUGUGGGCACUUCUACCACCCCAAGUGCAUCGCAGUACUACUUGAGCCUGAAGACACCAAUGGAGCUUGCAAAUUGGAGGAAAGGAUUGCAGAUGGUAUGCCAUUUACAUGCCCUGUCCAUUGGUGCUUUAAAUGUGGAAAGAUGGAGGACAGGACACAAAAAGAAUUGCAGUUUGCAGUUUGCAGACGCUGUCCAAGGUCAUAUCACAUAGAAUGUUUACCAAGCGAAGUUUCCUUUGAAAAAAAGGGCAAGGGUGCCCCAAAACUUGCUUGGAAAAUUAAAACAAGGUGUUACUUCUAUUGUUUACACCAUGGAAUAGAUGCUACUACUGGAACACCUCAUGGGGAGCAUAUAAAGUUCCCUUCUGUUCCAAAAAUCAAGAAAACAAAAAAAAAUUCUAAGAAGGAUUUUAAAGUGAUUGGCAAAAGGAAAAAGAGUGCUAAUAAAAUUUCAACAAAAUCCAAAGAGUUGGAAAAUUUGUCACCUACAGGAGAAAUCGAGGAAACCAGAAGAGUAGCAAAGAAUAGCUCAUCAGAGCAUAUUACACUGAAACAUGGGUAUGCAGUAAAGCGCUUGAAAAAGGAUCUGCAGUUUGAACUACCUAUGGUUGAUGUUGCUGCUAACUUAAGUGGCGCAAAAACCAUGGAAGGGAAGGAAGAACCACCUGUAACUCCAAAGAUUGCAUCUUGUGUGGUGGAUGGUGAAACAGAAAAGAGUGUAACAAGUAUGGCAGGAAAAGAAACAUCUGUCGGGACAUCCCAAGACAUGGCCACGAGGAGUGGACUGAGGCAGCCUAGCAGGAUUGAGGCAGUUGGCAUGCUUGAGUGUUCUGUUCAGAUUGCUGAUAAACUUCAUUGGUAUGUGCAGCCUGGUGACACGAUAGUUGAUCUCUGCUUCAACAUGGACAAUUUUAGUCAACUGAUGGAAGACAAGCUUGAAGCUGUGGGUAAAAGCUGCAAUUUCAAGAAUUAUGAUCUCUUCCAACAUAAGAAAGAUAUGUGUUUUGAAGAGAGCAACUGGGUGACCAUGCAACCAAAGGAUUUACCUCAUGGAUCAAAUCUAGUUAUGGUCCUGGACCCUCCUCUUGGUAUCCAAGCCGUUUCAGCGAACAAAUUUGUUGACAAAGUAUUGACCUUUAAGCCAAGGCUUAUUAUAAUAGUUUCCCCCACAGAUAUUGAUAGGUUGGAUUGCAAGGAGGAGCCCUAUCACUUGAUAUGGGAUUAUAAUCAGCACAUCUUUGGGAAGCCAUUGUACCAGCCUGGUGAUGUGGAUGUGAAUGAUGAAGGCAAGAAUGGUUUGUAUGCAAUUCCUCUAUCUCUUUCCUUGUGGAGUUGCCCUGACAAGGCAGAGGAGAAUAGGAGGAUAGCUAGAAAACAUGGACAUUUAAAUGUUGGAUACAAGACACACAGUGUCAUAUUAAAGGACCCUCUUGUGAACAAAGGUGCUAAAUGGGAUAAUGAGAUCUUCACAGCUGGAAAAGAAGAUACCAGUGAGAGAGAACAUACAUCUAAGCGCUAUUCAGGAGAACAAUUGACAAUUCCCUCUGAAGAUACUUUUCAUGCAAAUCAAGAGCAAAAUGAUGUGCUACAAAGCUUGCAUAGGGAGAAACAUGCUGAUGGAAGUGAAAGCGGAAAUAAGUCAGGAUCAGGAAAACAGAGUGAUAUGCAUUGGGGAGAAAAUGAAUGUGGUCACUACUCUGUAGCACAACAAGAGAAAGAGAUCUCUAAGAGAGAGGAAAGAAUGACAGAUAGUAAGCAUGAAGAAAACACAAGAUCAGGAAAAGAGGAGAUUCCUAGAGAUGACAACAAUAAAGGAACAAUGAAACCACAUCGUGUUGAUGGCCUCCCUCCUGAAAAGCAUGUGGAGGUUGCAUUUGUGAACAAAACAACUACAGACAGAGUAGAUACUCAGCAAGAAUGUGGAUAUAAUGUGACUGUAGAUGUUAAUGGCAGUUAUGCUCAUCCACAUGAGCCAAAGAGUCCUUACUGCAAUGGUAAUAUCAAAGGAACUGAAAUGGAUACUUCAGGUGACAAUUCAAGAAGGGGACAAAAGGAGGUGACUGAUGCUAAGAGAUUGGACUUGGAUAGGAAAAGAAAACCUGUUCACAUGAAAAACAGGAGAGAUGCUCAUCAUGGAGAUGAUAGAACUGCUCAUCCACAGGUCCACAAUGAUCCUCCAUGCGUUGAUAACCGCAUGCCAGAUGUUCUGGAUUACCCAUCAAGAAGCGGCAUCAAUAGUCCUUCGCGUAAUGAUGAUCAGAGAGCAGUGGAGGCUUCCGUAUGCAGCAAGUCCAGAGAGAGGUGGGGAUCAAAUAGAAGAUUAGAGGCAAGGGAUACCAUAAGCAAAAACUCUCAUAGACACCGGUUGCCAGUGGGUAAAAGAAACAGAAGAAAUGUUCCAGAUAGAUCAAACAACUAUCCCCCAGGAUGGGGAAGGGUGGACGACUCUGAGAAUUAUCCUACAACCAGCAACCGACAUAGAUAUGAGCAAAUUCAUCACGGUGAUUCUGGUCCGACUAGAAGUCAUAGGUCCAAUUCACAUCCAAGGGCGGAAUAUGGUAACAGGAGGAGCAGUUCCCCUUGGUAUACAAGAAGACAGUAUUACAGUUCUGCUGCAAGGCAUAGAUCCCCUCCAUAUGUAAGAAUGCCUAGAGGAUCAGGUGUCGGCUAUGAAACAGACUGGAAUGCAGUUCCUCAUCGUGGUAAUUCACCCGAUACCGAGUACAAUGGUACCGUAUACAAUAGCGAGUACGGUAUUGACGGAUAUGCCACCGACUCAAGGUAUGGCUACUGUGCAAUGGAAAAUCCUCGUGUGGACAGAUAUCAUCAUCCUCAGGAGUACCACAAUGAACAUGCAACGGUCUAUGAUCGGCGUAGGAAUGAUUAUGGAGGGGUAACACAUUACCGCAGUGGAAACAGUUUCAGCUUGGAAUGCAGGAGUUCAGCUAGAGGGACAGUAACGGAUAGGUAUGCCCCUAGCCUUGAACGCACUAACCAUCAGAUACCAGGUCAGGGUAGCCUACAGGAUGACUUCAUGUAUGAUGGUAGAAACAGCAUUAGCAUGGAUAUGCAUAGGCCCUACUGGUAGAAGGUUGUUGUUUGUUAGCCCCUCUUGACCCCCUUCCUCUUCUCUUACUCACCCAAUGAAAAGCCUGAGGGAACAGCCUUACCAGUAAAAUUCAACUGAUGUAGUAUCUUAGUGCUUAGUGUACAAGAAAGAGGGCAUCAGUGACUGAACUGUAGUCCCAUUCUGUAUAAAAACCUUACUAGUUUAGCCUUUUGCAUUCUGAACUUUGUACAUUUGAUGCUUUACUCUGUACGACUGUCGUUCGUGGUGUUUCCAA